CUCGGCAGCCAAUGAAACGCGGCAGCUCAGGGUAGGCGGGGCUGUUCGGGACCAAUCGGGUGCAGGCAGCUACAGCGGCGGAAGCGGCGCUCGGCAGCGGCGGCGACGCGGGGCGACCGGCCUCAGGGACCGGCGCACGGCACCGCCCCGGGCACAGGUGACAUGAGCUCGCAGCAGUUCCCCCGUUCGGGCGCGCCUCCCGCCCCGCUGGGACCAGCGCCGCCGCCCAUCCCCACCAGCGGCUCGGCCGGGAUUAUCGCCCCCGCCGCCACAGUGAGUGAGGAAUCCAGCCGUGAGCCAGAAGUCGCUCCCAGGGAGCACAUGGGCCCCAGCGGCUCCAUCCAGCCCCGGGAGGAGAAGCAGGAGCCCGUGGUGGUCCGGCCAUACCCACAGGUCCAGAUGCUGACCCAGCACCACCCUGUCCAGUCUGGGGCCCCAGUGACAGUGACAGCACCACCAGCACAUUUGACUCCAGCUGUGCCACUUUCUUUUUCAGAUGGACUUAUGAAGCCUCCCUUGAAGCCCACCAUGCCCAGCCGGCCCAUUGCUCCUGCUCCACCCUCCACUCUCUCAGCUCCCACAAAGGUCCCUGGGCAAGUGACUGUGACCAUGGAAAGCAGCAUCCCACAGGCUCCAACAAUCCCUGUGGCAACCAUCAGUGGGCAACAGGGGCAUCCCAGUAACCUGCACCAUAUCAUGGCCACCAACGUGCAGAUGUCCAUCAUCAGGAGCAGUGCUCCUGGGCCUCCCCUGCACAUUGGAGCUUCUCAUCUGCCCCGAGGUGCAGCAGCUGCUGCAGUGAUGUCCAGUUCUAAAGUCACCACAGUGCUGAGACCAGCCUCCCAGUUGCCAAAUGCAGCUGCAGCCCAGCCAGCAGUGCAGCACAUCAUCCACCAGCCAAUCCAGUCACGUCCUCCUGUGACAACUUCAAGCACUAUUCCUCCUGCAGUGGUGGCAACUGUCUCAGCCACGAGAGCUCAGUCCCCUGUUAUAACCACAACAGCAGCACAUGCCACAGAGUCAACUCUCAGCCGCCCCACGCUGUCCAUCCAGCAGCACCCGCCCUCGGCAGCCAUCAGCAUCCAGCGGCCGGCACAGCCGCGGGACACGGCCACGCGCAUCACGCUGCCCUCGCACCCCGCCAUCGGCACCCCGAAACCACAGCUCCACACCAUGGCCCAGAAAACCAUUUUCAGUACUGGUACUCCAGUGGCAGCAGCAACUGUGGCACCUAUUUUGGCAACAAAUACCAUUGCUUCAGCGACCACAGCUGGUUCUGUAUCUCACACCCAAGCGCCUACAAGCACCAUUGUUACCAUGACAAUGCCCUCCCAUUCUUCCCAUGCUACAGCUGUCACGACCUCAAACAUCCCAGUUGCUAAAGUGGUUCCCCAGCAAAUCACCCACACUUCUCCCCGGAUCCAGUCUGACUACACAGCAGAGAGGAGUAACCUCAUACCUCUGUCCAGCCACCGGGCAUCUCCCAACCCAGUGGCCAUGGAAACCAGAAAUGACAACAGGCAGUCGGUGCCUGUCCAGUUCCAGUAUUUCCUACCCACCUACCCUCCCUCUGCCUACCCUCUGACUGCCCACACCUACACCCCCAUCACCAGCUCCGUGUCCACCAUCCGCCAGUACCCAGUUUCAGCCCAGGCACCCAACUCGGCCAUCACGGCUCAGACUGGUGUGGGAGUGGCCUCCACCGUGCACCUGAACCCCAUGCAGCUGAUGACAGUGGAUGCAUCUCACGCCCGGCACAUCCAGGGCAUCCAGCCUGCCCCCAUCAGUGCCCAGGGCAUCCAGCCUGCCCCCAUCAGUGCCCAGGGCAUCCAGCCAGCGCCCAUUGGCACCCAGGGACUGCACCCUGCUGCACCCAUGGGCGCCCAGGGGCUGCAGCCAGCGCCCAUCGGGGCCCAGCAGCCACCAGGAGACACCAAAACCUCAGCAGUAGUCUUGGCAGAUGGAGCCACCAUUGUAGCCAAUCCUAUUAGCAACACGUUCAACACUGCAUCUGCAGCAACCACAGUUGUGCAAACCCACAACCAGAGUGCCAGUGCCAGUGCUCCAGCCCAGGGCUCCUCGCCACGGCCCAGCAUCCUGCGCAAGAAACCGGCCACGGACGGGCUGGCAGUCCGGAAAAGUUUAAUUCCCCCUCAGCCACCGGAAGUGGCCAGCACGCGUGUGGAGAGCACGAUGCGAAGCACGUCUGGCUCACCAAGGCCUGCUGGGGGCAAGCCAAAGCCUGAAAUCCACGUGUCCAUGGCCACCCCAGUGCCUGUGUCUAUGGAGGCAGUGUGUAACCAAGGUGGUGAGCAGCCCACCAUCACGGUGCCCCCGAGCUCCCAGCAGCCUCCCUCUGCCAUCCCCACCAUCAUCGCAGCUGCCAGCCCCACCUCCCAGCCUGCAGCAGCCCUGUCCACCAUCCCAGGGGCUGUGGCAGCUGCCCCACCCACCUCCACCACCAUCGUGGCAGCUCCUGCUCCUCCAUCCACCAUGAGUGGGGCCCUGUCAGCGGUGCUGGGCCCUGUGGUACCAGAGAUCAAAAUCAAAGAGGAAAUGGAGCCCAUGGACAUCAUGCGGCCGGUAUCUGCAGUCCCUCCCUUGACUACAAGUACUGUGUCUCCAUCUUUGGCACUGCUGGCCAACAAUCUUUCCAUGCCUCCGAGCGAUUUGCCACCUGGUGCCUCCCCAAGGAAGAAACCCCGUAAGCAGCAGCAUGUCAUCUCCACAGAGGAAGGGGACAUGAUGGAAACAAACAGCACUGAUGAUGAGAAAUCCACCGCCAAAAGUUUGCUGGUGAAGGCAGAGAAGCGAAAGUCUCCUCCAAAGGAGUAUAUAGAUGAGGAGGGUGUGAGGUACGUCCCCGUGCGGCCCCGGCCGCCCAUCACGCUGCUGCGGCACUACCGCAACCCCUGGAAGGCCGCGUACCACCACUUCCAGAGGUACAGCGACGUCCGCGUCAAAGAAGAGAAGAAGGCCAUGCUGCAGGAGAUUGCCAAUCAGAAGGGUGUGUCCUGUCGUGCACAAGGCUGGAAGGUCCAUCUCUGUGCAGCACAGCUGCUACAGCUGACAAACCUGGAGCACGAUGUGUAUGAGAGACUGACUGCCCUGCAGGAGGGACUCAUUCCUAAGAAAAAGGCAGCAACUGAUGAUGACCUGCAUCGAAUCAAUGAACUGAUACAGGGGAACAUGCAGAGGUGUAAACUCGUGAUGGAUCAAAUCAAUGAGGCUCGAGACUCCAUGCUAAAGGUCUUGGAUCACAAGGAUCGUGUUUUGAAGCUUCUAAACAAGAAUGGAACUGUCAAGAAAGUGUCCAAAUUGAAGCGAAAGGAGAAGGUUUGAACGCAGACCAAUGACUUUGGAAAUGGAGAACGUGUACAGAACAGAGCUGAACCUUUUUGUAGUUUGGGUUUAUUUUUAAGCAGAGCAUCGGAAUAAAAAAGGAUGAGUUUAGGGAACAGAUGGACACGUGAAGCCUGGUGACCUGAAGGGAUUGUCCUUGAUCUUGUCAUAAUGAACAAAGAUUUCUCUCAGGCUCAUCCCUUUUUAAAGUCUUUCCAGUCCCACUGUUUAACUCCUGAUGUGUCAGGUUUGGAGACACGUGUAAGGCAGGAGGUUGUGCAGGGGACUCCAGGAGGCUGACACACAGCUAUGGACCCAGACAGCAGCCAAGCUUCCAGCAGUGGAAAUGGCACCUCUUUCAGUUACCCCAUUCAGUUCUCAUUCUGACCUUCCAGUGUCUCAAGCAGCCUUCUUACACCAGUGCCACUGCACUAUAGGGGAUCUGCCACAAAGAAUCUCCAACAGCUCAGAAGCCCUAGCUGUCAAGAUUAAAUAAAAAAUUUAAAAAAAAAAAAAGAAGGGGGGAGGGGGGAAAUCAUUUCCAAGUGAUAUUGUAGUGUCUGUGUCUGUGUUGGUGCUCUGGGAUACUUGUGUUGAGGUACCUCUUGCAAGAGGUGCUGUAGCUGGUGUAAUGUUAAUUGUACGUACCACAUACAUCCUGAAAACAUGAAUAAAGGAAUUGGAGGGUUUUGUA